AUGACAAGUCUCAAGGACUUAUUCUCCCAUGCCCGCAAUUGGCGACUCAGAGAUCUCCUCUCCCUCCGCCUUCUUCUCAUAAUCCUCUGGCUACCCCUGCUUCGCUGGGGCGAGCUUACCACUUUCUCCUCAUCUGUAGUACGAUGCGAUUGGGGGACAUGGGAGAAAUGGCCUUCGGGUGCCGCGCCUCACCGAGUUGUUCUGGUUGCAGAUCCGCAACUUGUGGAUCCUCAUACCUAUCCGGGUCGUCCCUGGCCACUCUCCUCUCUGACUGUCAAAUACACCGACUUGUAUCUACGAAAAGGGUUUGGACUUAUAAUGGAGCAGCUCCAACCAGAUAGCGUGUUCUUCCUCGGGGAUUUGUUCGACGGUGGGCGGGAAUGGAGCCCACCAGAUUUGGAAAGGGAUCCCAGAAUCGAAAGGAGGUGGAGAAAAUACGGUCAGAAAUUAUGGAUGCGGGAGUAUAGGAGAUUUGGAGAACUCUUUACGGAUCAGUUCUUUGCUAGCAGACAGGCUGUGCAAACACAGGGGAGGUUUGUGGCCAGCCUGCCGGGCAAUCACGAUUUAGGCCUCGGAAAAGGCAUUAGGAUUCCCGUUAGAGAGCGAUUCUAUGCCUACUUUGGCGAGGGAAAUAGAAUCGAUAUCGUCGGCAAUUACAGCUUUAUCGGCAUCGACUCUGUUUCUCUGAGCGCAAAAGGCCAGCCAGACCCAGCUACUGGCGUCACAGCGGACACCGAGUCUGGAAAUACGAUUUGGGAAUCUACUGAGCAAUUCCUUCGCGAAGCCUCCUCAAUCAAAUCCCAAGCGGUAGCCAGGUACUUGCGCACCCAAAACGGCGGGCCUGAGAACGACCCCUUAGACACAGCUGUUUACGGCCUGGAAGAUCCUCGAGCAAGGGAUAUCAGACCCGCAACCCAUGUCGACGCAGACGUCCCCUCCAUUCUUCUCACACACAUCCCCCUCUACAGAUCCGCCGGCACCCCCUGUGGUCCCCUACGCGAGCGUCACCCCCCUUCAAAACUCCUCACCGGCGCCGCCGAAGAGAAAGACGACGCGAACGCCCUCCUCCUCCAAACUGGCAACCAAUACCAGAACGUCCUCACUGCCCCCGUCUCCGACGAAAUCAUCGACCUCGUCCCGGACAUCGUCCACGUCUUCUCAGGCGACGACCACGACUACUGCGACGUCCUGCACCGGCAAUAUACCUCCCGUGGCGGCGGCAUCCGCGAAAUCACAGUCAAGUCGAUCUCGUGGGCGAUGGGGAUCCGCAAGCCGGGCUUUCUGAUGCUGAGUUUGUGGAACCCGCUCGAUGCCGAGGGCAAGGCUAUCACUACCGAGACGGUGAGUCCGAGGAAACCGACGCUGCAGACACACCUGUGUUUGCUGCCUGAUCAGCUGGGCAUUUUCGUCAAAUAUGCAUGGAUGUUCGCGAUUACGGUUGUGGCGCUGCUUGUGAGGUCCGUCAGGGCUGUGAAGGCGCGGCCGGUGAUUAAGGGAACUGCUGGCUUGGGAUUGGGCGGGCUUGGGGUUGGGGGGGCGCUUUGCCAUUGA